UGCAGUAGGCGCUCAGUGACCCACAUUGAUGGAUGGAAGGAUAGAAGCACGGAUGGACGGAUGGAUGGGGAUGGUGGAGCUGGAGAGAGGCUCCUUUAACCCUCCUGCAGGAUGAACCCCCUGCCAGAAGACAUGGAGAACGUUCUCAUGGGGAGUCAGAGCUCGCACGCUUCCCUGCGCGACGUCCAUUCCAUCAACCCCACUCAACUCAUGGCCAGGAUUGAGUCCUAUGAAGGAAGGGAAAAGAAAGGCAUAUCUGACGUCAGGAGGACUUUCUGUUUGUUUGUCACCUUUGACCUCUUAUUUGUAACGUUACUGUGGGUCAUAGAGUUAAAUGUGAAUGGAGGUAUUGAGAACACGUUAGAGAAAGAGGUGGUGCAGUAUGACUACUACUCUUCUUAUUUUGAUAUAUUGUUUUUGGCAGUUUUUCGAUCUAAAGUGUUAAUACUUGCAUAUGCCGUGUGCAGACUGCACCAUUGGUGGGCCAUAGCGUUGACGACAGCAGUGACCAGUGCCCUUUUACUAGCAAAAGUGAUCCUCUCAAAGCUUUUCUGUCAAGGGGCUUUCGGCUACGUGCUGCCCAUCAUUUCCUCCAUCCUUACCUGGAUCGAGACGUGGUUCCUGGAUUUCAAGGUGUUACCUCAAGAGGCAGAAGAAGAAAACAGACUCCUGAGAGUUCAGGGUGCCCCGGAGAGGGCAGCACUGAUACCUGGUGGUCUUUCUGAUGGUCAGUUUUAUUCUCCUCCUGGAUCCGAAGCAAGAUCUGAAAACGAAGCUGAGGAAAAGCAGGACAGUGAAAAACCACUUUUAGAACUAUGAGUGAGACUUCUGUUAAAUGUGAAAAACCUUCACUGAAAGUCACCAGAGGGAAGAAAAGGACCGGAACUGGGGGUCUCCCUAUUGAAGGUUGAAAUGGUGACAUCCACUGCUGACGCUACUGAACGGCUAAUAAAGAAUUUAUUGAUUGUAAUACCUCACAGACAUGGUACCAUCUCCACAUACAUUUAGUCACCUGCCUGUGGCUGGUAAGAUAAUGUCAUGAUCCAUCCUGUAUUCAGUGAGACUGAGUCUGAUCUGUCAAUGAAUAGUUGCAGAAAGUCUUGUGCUGUGUUCCUGAUCAAAGGACUUCUUAAUAUAUUGGAAUAACACUUUUUUAGUAUGCAAAAUAUCUUUUUAU